AUGUGUUGGGGAAUUGCAGUGCUGUUCAUAACGAUCUUCCAAUGUUCUCCUAUCAAUUCUUUCUGGGAAUGGGACUACAGCAGCGGGCCUGUACCCCUGAAAUGCAAUGGGGAAGACCCAGGAUUUCCCAUUCCUCAAUAUAUAGCGAUACCACAUAUCGUGACCGACGCCAUGCUUUUGAUCUUCCCGAUGCCACUAGUCUGGAAACUUCAGAUGCAUAGAUCACAAAAGGCCAUGUUGACCAUGGUAUUUGCUUUGGGUGGUUUUGUGACGGUCAUGUCUGGGGUCCGCUUGGGGCUGUUCUUUGCCGAUUCUGUUAAUGAUAAUACCUACAACCCUCCUUUUCUCUUAACAAAUAUCGAGAUCAACACUUCGAUAAUUUGUGCAUGCUUACCUUCUCUCGGCCCUAUAUUAACGUUCUUAUUCGCAAAGUUCGCACAAUUGCGUAAGCGCAAAAGCACCCAUAAACGAGGAUCCAAAUUACUCAAGGACAUACUACCGGUAUUCAAAGGGGCGGCAUCACCACCAAUCACACGGUCGGCAAGAUAUUCGAGUUGGAGUGACGGGCCAAACCCCAUGCUCGACUCGUUACCGAUUGUAGAGGCCGAGGCAAACCCACGUGUCCCGGAAUUAGGCGCCGAAGCACCCGGGCCACAUAUUCUGGAGAUGGAGACGUCAGAGCGCGCAUUGGAAUUGGAAUCUCAAAGGCCGAUCGCCGAACUAGAAGGAAUAGCUCGCAUGCCAGCCUUGCUGCAAAGGACUCUCCGACAGGAGUGA